CUCAGAGAAGAAGCACUGAAGAGAGGAGAGAGGUUGGUCCCUCUCACUGGUCGGAACUCUUUGCCAUUUUAUCUGGGUCCCUCAACCCUUGCGUGACUGCCCUUUGGUGUGGAGAUACAGGCAAACCAGUGGGACUGGCAGGCUGUCAUGGCGACCGGUGGGGACCCAGAGGAGGAGCAGGUCGUCCCAAAUGGAGAGGAUGAAGCCGAUGUGAGGGCCGUGCAGGCCCAGUACCUCCGGAGCCCCUCCCCCAGCCAGUACUCGAUGGUCUCAGAUGCAGAAACAGAAAGCAUUUUCAUGGAGCCCAUUCACCUCUCUUCAGCGGUGGCAGCUAAACAGAUCAUCAAUGAAGAAUUCAAGCCACGGGGGAUCAGAGCCGAGGCAGAAUGUCCGGGCAUGCUGGAGUCGGCCGAGCAGCUGCUGGUGGAGGACCUGUACAACCGUGUCAAGGAGAAGAUGGAUGACACCAGCCUAUACAAUACCCCCUGUGUCCUCGAUUUACAGCGGGCCUUGGUCCAAGACCGCCAGGAGGCCCCCUGGAACGAGGUGGAUGAGGUCUGGCCCAAUGUCUUCAUAGCAGAGAAGAGUGUAGCUGUGAACAAGGCGAGGCUGAAGAGGCUGGGGAUUACUCACAUCCUGAAUGCUGCUCAUGGCACCGGCGUCUACACCGGGCCCGAAUUCUACACUGGCCUGGAGAUUCAGUACUUGGGUGUGGAGGUCGAUGACUUUCCCGAGGUGGACAUCUCCCAGCAUUUCCGGAAGGCUGCUGAGUUCCUUGAUGAAGCCCUGUUGACCUAUAGAGGGAAAGUGCUGGUCAGCAGCGAGAUGGGCGUCAGCCGCUCAGCAGUGCUGGUGGUGGCCUACCUCAUGAUCUUCCACGACAUGGCCAUCCUGCAGGCCUUGCUGACCGUGCGCAGGAAGCGGGCCAUCUACCCCAACGAUGGCUUCCUGAAGCAGCUCCGUGAGCUCAACGAGAAGCUGAUGGAGGAGAGAGAGGAAGACUCCAGCCAGGGAGGGGGGACUGAUGAGGCCGACGUGGAGAGUGACGUCGGGGCCAGAGCGCACGCCCUCACCGUGCAGGAGGAGGACGACACCUGCAGCCACCUGAGUGGCUCGUCCUGGGGGAGGGCCAGCGGGGCGUCCAAGCCCGUCACCCUCAUUGACGAGGAUGAGGAGGAGAGGCUGUACGAGGAGUGGAAGAAGGGGCAGGGCCUCCCCACAGGCAAGGUCCCCGGGGGUGGGGACGGCCGUCGAUCAGCCUCCAACCCGGGUGGGGAGGAGCCCGGGGACGAGGACUUGGACAGGAUGGUCGAGGAGUGGCAGAGCCGAAAUGAGAGGUACCAGGCCGAGGGGCAUCAGAGGUGGGGGAGGGAGGAGGAGGAGGAGGAGGCAGGCGAGGCCGGCUCGUGGCAGAGGAGGACACGGAGGCACACCCUGAGUGAGAGCAGCACCUGCGAGAGUGUCAGCAGCCACGACCUCCGGGUGGUGUCGCAGCGGCUGGAGAGGGGCAGCCAGAGCCCAGCCGGGAGACGCCGCUCCGACUCCGCGUCCACGGACAGCACGUGGGACAUGUGGAACCAGAGGCUGCUGGAGAUCGAGAAGGAAGCUUCCCGGCGCUAUCGCGGCAGGAGCCGGAGGGAGGAGGCCGACAGCAGCUCUGAGGCGGGCAGCAGGCUGCGGGAGGACGACGAGGAGAGCGUGGCUUCGGAGGCCAGCUCUUUCUACAACUUCUGCAGCAGGAACAAGGACAAGCUCACCGCUCUGGAAAGGUGGAAGGUCAAGCGAAUCCAGUUUGGGUUUCACAAGAAAGAGUUGGGGGCGCAAGACGGCAGCGGUGAGCAGGGGCCAGAGGAGGCGGAGAGGGAGCAGAAGAGCUCGGACGUCGACCUGACGGCCUACCAGGCCUGGAAACUGAGGCACCAGAAGAAGGUGGGCAGCGAGAACAAGGACGAGGUGGUGGGGCUCGGCAAGGGGGAGGACUCUGCCUUGGCCAAGAAGAGGCAGCGGAGGCAGGAGCUGCUGGAGAGGAGCCGGCAGACGUUGGAGGAGAGCCAGUCGGUGGGGAGCUGGGAGGCCAACAGCUCGGUGGCCGGCGGGAGCAUCCCACUGUCCGCCUUCUGCUCGGCCGCCCCCUCGGUCAGUGCGGAUGACGCGGCCUCGGUCCUCAGCGCCCAGAGCCAUGGCUCCCGCGUCUCCCAGGCUGCGAGCAGCGCAGGCGGGUGCUUGGGCUCUACCCCGGGCGCCGUGCUGCCUGCCCUGCCCGUGGGGCCCGGCGACACCAUCUCUGUCGCCAGCAUUCAGAACUGGAUCGCCAGUGUGGUCAGUGAGACUCUGGCCCAGAAGCAAAACGAAAUGCUGCUGUGGUCCCGCCCGCCCUCCGUUGCCAGUGCGAGGGUGGCGCCCGCAGCCGGCGGCCUGGGGGACGACCAGGUCUCCCUGCUCAGCGGACACAGCGGCUCGUCAUCGCUGGGUGGCUGCCUGCUGCUCGCGGGUCGGCGGGGACCCGGCUCUGACGUGCCGUCCCUGCUGUCCUCCCAUGAGGCGGGGGCCUCGAGGGCCGAAGGCCCCGGGAGCAAAGUCAGGGGGACCAGCAAGCCCAUCUAUAGCCUCUUCGCCGACAACGUGGACCUCCAGGAGCUCGGCCGGAAGGAGAGGGAGAUGCGGGGGGACCUGAGGCAGAAGAUAUGCGAGUACGAGAUGGAGAAGCUGGCCUCUGGCAACAAACGGAGCUCGCUUUUCAAGAAGAAGAAGGUCAAGGAAGACCAGGAGGAUGGCGUGGGCGACAGGGAUGGAGACACUGACAGUGCCAUUGGGAGCUUCCAGAAUUCUUCCCGCAGUAACUCCCAAAAGCCUGAGACAGACACCUCGUCCUCCCUGGCUGUCUCUGAUCGCUGCGGAACUGGUGGCAGAGCGGGCAAGGAGACGGACGAUGGCAACAUCGCCAGGUGGCUCAGGGGCGUCAGGACAGAGGAAAAGUCUCCCCCCCAAAGCGAUUGGUCUGGAAGCUCCAGGGGGAAGUACACCAGAUCUUCCCUGCUCCGGGAGACGGAGUCCAAGUCCUCCAGCUACAAGUUCUCCAAAUCGCAGUCGGAAGAGCAGGACACGGCCUCCUACCAUGAGGCCGAUGGCAACUCCGUAAGGAGCAUUUCGCGGAUCUCUUCUUCCUCUACCAGGGAGGGCAGAGAGACGCACAAAUUCUCCAGGUCAACGUUCAGCGAGACCUCAAGCUCCCGAGAGGACAGCCCAGAGCCCUACUUCUUCCGCCGGACCCCCGAGGCCUCCGAAGGGGAGGCGUCCCCGGAACCACGGCGUCCGAACUGGGCCAGGCCCAGGGACUGGGAAGGUGUGGAAGAGUCGUCCAGCUCAGACUUUGCUGAAUUUGGAGCCAAGAGGAAAUUCACCCAGAGCUUCAUGAGGUCCGAGGAGGAGGGAGAAAGAGAGAGGAUGGAAGACAGAGAAGAAGGGAGGUUUGCUUCGGGGCGGCGGUCCCAGUACCGGAGGAGCACUGACAGGGAGGAGGAGGAAGAAAUGGACGAUGAGGCCAUCAUUGCCGCCUGGAGACGCCGGCAGGAAGAGACCAGGACGAAGCUGCAGAGAAGGAGGGAGGAUUGAGCUGGGCCAGGCGGACCUGGGAGAGACCAAGCACAUGGGAAGAAGCCACACGGCUCAGCACAGGGCUCAGGGCACAGCUGGCCACCGCCCAUCAGGGGAUAGGGGUGUGGAGGGGAUCGUCCUGAGGGGCAAAGCCUAGAUGAGAGGAACGAGGCCGCAGGACACAGGAGGUGGGGGAGAGAAGGGGAGGAGAGCCAUCAGUGGGAGGUCUGAAUGCCAAACCAACUGACACCAUUUUCUGCUGCCCGAUAUCCCCUGUAAGCUUUGAACUUCACUUCUGUAUCCCGUAGCGUCCAGCACGGACCGGAGAGGGGGCUCACAGCCACACCAUAGCCUGUCAGAGAUCCAGCUUACGUCCAGGAAGACUGAGUGCAGGACACGGUUCUGUUUGUGAAGGUUUUACGAGACCCAGGAAAUUUAGCCUGUGGCACGUCUCGCCUCUCCUGGCAAAGCUGAGUUCUGGUUGUUUCUUUUGAGUGUUUGGGAUCUCCAUUAAAACGGUAUGUUAUCUAACAUGUCUCCUUCAUUCUGGUUACUUUUAGCUCUUUGAACCCGCCUUCAAAGACACAGAUGGGUGAACAUAAGCCAGCCUUACCUUGUUCCAGAAAUGCUGUGCCUCCAGACAAUAGCACUGUCAUCACAUUAAAACAGUAAUCGAGUAUCUUGUGAGUGGGAAGACACGAGGAAGACCCUUGAGAGUAAUGGAAUUAGAGGGAGAUCGAGUUUUAUUGUGGUGAGAGAGGGAGACAUAGAGAGGGUUCCUUCUGGAACAGCAGAGAAACAAAAGCAAACCAUGGGGGUUGAGGGGGGGAGAAGAAAAGAAGCCCAAUACAAGGAGACGGAGAUGUGGUUUUAUGAAAUCUUGCAAUCACCCUUGUUUUCAUUCCUUGGAGGAUGGUCAGACCAUGCAGUGGGCAGCCCACUGGGUCCUUCCUGCACUCUGGAUGGGCUAAGUUGGUGAGAAUUCUUUACCUUUUAUUCCCAAGGCAUGUCUGCCUUACAGAGCACAGACUGGGUUGCUGAAGCCAGCAGACAUGUGUUGAACAUCUUACAACAAGCAUUGGUGGACUGGUUUCUACAGGUCCUUUCAAUGCGCAGCACCUUGCAAGAUUCGAAAAUAGGCAUAUGCCAUGCAGGGCUCCAAGAUGUCUGGAUGUCAGUGAGCCUCAGUCCCUGGUUUCCAGUGCUUGAUAGAACGUUCUCUUCGUACAAAAUGGCAUCGUCUUCAUACACCCCCAGGAAGAAGGCCAGUUGCAGCCCAUUUCUGGGUGAACUCAAG